AUGAAGAGGUCCCAGUGAAUGAAGAGACUGCUGACACCAUGUACCAUGGGUUGUAUGUGGACUUAUGUUAGCAAAUGUUGUAUACGACACUACAGUUAAAGGUCACACACGAUGUAGGCUACAAACUUAUUACAACUGUAGCAGGCCAAUCCUUCUGCUGGAGGAAUGCUGGGUGUGCAGGAUUCUGUUCCAGCCCAGCACUAACACACCGGAUUCAAGAUUAACUAGUGUCAAUGUUUAUUCAUCACAGAUCACAAUUCUGCAAUAAAAAGGAGUGAAGGGGAUAUGUCUCUAAUUUGUCUGUGUUUCUGUGUUGCUUUCUCAAAUUAACAUUACCUUUUUGUUAGUGCCUCCUGUAGCUCAGUUGGUAGAGCAUGGCGCUUGCAACGCCAGGGUUCUGGGUUCGAUUCUCACGGGGGGCCAGUAUGAAAAAUGUAUGCACUCACUAACUGUAAGUUGCUCUGGAUAAGAGAGUCUGCUAAAUGACUAAAUAUGUAAAAUGUUGUUCAGUUGUGUGCUCUCCUAUCGGUUUUAUUUGAUUGUCACUCUGUCUCAGGAUAUCAGCCAUGUCAACCCAUUUAGCAGCUUAUCAUAAUGACAUGCAUCACCAAUGCAGCCAGAAGCCUAUAGAAUGAUGUCAUUACUAGCCUAAUGAGCAUGUGCAAUCACCGUGCCCCUUGUCAUUAUACAUCUGAAGCAGAGAAUAGCUAAACUAACACAUCAUUUACAUAUUGAUGAGCUAGCUAUAUGUUCUCAAUUUUAAAAUGAUACCAGUAGAUCAUGUAUAUGAGGCUAACCAUAAACCAGAAUUUCUACAUUAUUUUUCUGACAUGAAAUUGUUUAGUUCAAUUCCAACCCUUGUAUUCUAGGUACUGUACAUGAAAAUAAGGCGCUGACAAUUUGUAGGCUCAUUAAAAAAGUCAAAAAGGAAAAUAGUGUGGCGUGGGGAGCGUUGUAAUUCUACCUCGUUUAUUUUCUGAGAAUGAUUUUAGAAUACAGCGACAAAAUCAGAAGGUCAAUGGCAUGGAGGAGGAUUGCAGAGAUGUUGAUGGUGGGUAAAGAGAGAUUUGCACAACAAUGUUUGGAAGUCAAAGCCACAAUUUCCUUUACCCAAAGUACCCAUUCGUGUCUAUGUAGGCCUAUGUAUUUUACAGGAAGUGAGCUAUAAUCAUCAAUGCCAUGACACCAGUAUAAUGAAAGCGCCAUAAACUAUACUAUACUAUACUAUACUACACUAUACUCAUAAUGUUAAGAUGCCAUAAUCCAAUUGGUAGCAUAUUACAUAGGAAAUUCAUUCUUAAAGGCGCUGCGUGGUCAAUCCAACGUCUGCAUUGGCCGUGCAGCAUUUACGGUGAUACGGCCUCUGCAGAAGUCUGGGCAUUUAUACUUCUUGCGUUUCGCCGAGCAGUGCAGAGAAGUUGUCAAGGAAGUCAGUUUGUGUUUAUAUAGGACCUCCCACCCUCACCUACCGUCAACCAAUCAUGUCAAUGCGGAGCUAUAUGGUGUCCUCCGCGUUGUUACAAAAUUUGAGAGGCGCACGCCGAUGCGGUACCGAGCUCAAUUUGGCCUCUGCGUGCCUUCCGGAGGCACCGCAAUUGCGUCACACCAUACAUACAGCGCCUCGCCUCCGACCACAUUUUCGGAUCAAUAAUAAAUUGGCUCUUAGGUUAUCAGCGAUGAUUGGCUUUCCUCCAUCUUAUUUUGGUUGUGCUUGCCCGGAAAUAAUGACAGGCGGAACUAUGUUUCAUGAAGGGAAGACUUUCAAGCAAACAUCUGCUCCUCACCUGAUUGGUCAACGGCAGCGGUGGCCAUGUGCAAUUUGCAUAAAGUAGAGCAGAGCUUAACUUUUUCUAUCGCUCCUCUAGCAGGGUUCGCACCGCUCACCUUCGUCUGGCGAAUUCGGAAGUGGUGGAAACACAAUGCCUCAUGCACCAAUUCAUAUUACUCCUACGGCCAGAGAAAGUGAAAUAUUCCUUGAUUAUUAAAAAAGACAAUGCAAGCUUAUUGAAACGCGCAUUUUAUGGCUUAUAAACAUGUUGAACAAAGUCUUGACAGUCCUGAAUAACAACUUAAACAUGAAUUUACUCAUAAAAACAGCAGCUCUUUGCUGUAUUCGUUGAGUCUCUCGCUAGUCAUGGUUUUAAAAGUUUUGAAAUCUCACAUUAUCAACUUUGAGCAUUCAAGGCUUCUUUUUUUCAGUCUAGGCACAAGGAAACUGUGCAGACACAAUGAUCUGAGCUAUCUGAUUGGCCAGCCAGCGGUAGGCCUAUAGGUGCACUUGAUUUGCUCUCUGGGCCUGCCGGGUAGGCGGAGUUCUACCUUCAGACACAUGAAAUGGUUAAAAAUGGGAACACUUUGCCUUCCAGGCGCUAGGGCUGCUGAAUGAAGUGCACCUACCGUCAACAGCACGAAACUAAUACAAAAAAUAGGACGCAAGGCUUUAUCGUUGGGUUUUUUACAGAAAUGUUUGGUGAUUGACUAGGAAUGGUUGGUGACCACUGCUCUACAGGGAGCCAGGUUUCCCUGUCUACCCUCCUUAGUGGCAAGGCUGUGCUCACUGAGCCUGUUCUUUGUCAAGGUUUUGAUCAGUAACCAUGGUCAAAUAGUUAGCCAUGGUGUACUGUCGAUUUAGGCCCAUAUAGCACUGCAUUUUGCUUUGUGCUUGUGUUUCCCAAUAGGUAAUGUAGUUUUGUUUUGACUGUUGUAAUUUGGUUUCUUCUGAUUGAUUGGAUGUUCUGGUCCUGAGGCUGUAUUCAGUGUGUUAGUAGAACAGGUUUGUGAGCUCAGCCCCAGGUCCAGCUGGAUGAGGGGACCUUCUCUCUCUCUCUCUUCCUUUACCUUGCAUCUUUUCCUCUAUUUCCUUUCGCUGCCCUCUAACCUCUACAGUUGUACAUCCAUCUCCCCUAGUCAUAAGCCCUUCAUUGCCCUAUCGCUCCCUCAUAAGCUCUUCAUUGCCCUAUCGCUCCCUCAUAAGCCCUUCAUUGCCCUAUCGCUCCCUCAUAAGCUCUUCAUUGCCCUAUCGCUCCCUCAUAAGCUCUUCAUUGCCCUAUCGCUCCCUCCUAAGCUCUUCAUUGCCUUAUCGCUCCCUCCUAAGCUCUUCAUUGCCCUAUCGCUCCCUCCUAAGCUCUUCAUUGCCUUAUCGCUCCCUCCUAAGCUCUUCAUUGCCCUAUCGCUCCCUCCUAAGCUCUUCAUUGCCCUAUCGCUCCCUCCUAAGCUCUUCAUUGCCCUAUCGCUCCCUCCUAAGCUCUUCAUUGCCCUAUCGCUCCCUCCUAAGCUCUUCAUUGCCCUAUCGCUCCCUCCUAAGCUCUUCAUUGCCUUAUCGCUCCCUCCUAAGCUCUUCAUUGCCUUAUCGCUCCCUCCUAAGCUCUUCAUUGCCCUAUCGCUCCCUCCUAAGCUCUUCAUUGCCUUAUCGCUCCCUCCUAAGCUCUUCAUUGCCUUAUCGCUCCCUCCUAAGCUCUUCAUUGCCCUAUCGCUCCCUCCUUUUCGCUUCAAUGUAAGGCUUAUUUUCCUAUUCUUCUCCUCUUCCCCCCUCUUCCUUCUAUUAAUGAUGAAAGCUCUUCUAAAAGCUGACAUCUGCUGUUUUUUGUUUUCUAUUGUUUUAAUGAGUCAGAGGUUAUAAUGUUAAAGAAUACAGAAGUGAAACUUACGUUUUCAGUUUCCCCAGACUCCUGGGCUUAAAAACACUUUCAAUGGAGAUUUUCCCUUGAAUGCUUUUUAGUCCAGGACUAGGCUCAAUCUGGAUUUGGGACACUGACCCUGAACAGAAGACACUGAAAUCAGUUUUUCAAAUCCGUUUUGGAAUACUGACUGUCCAAACGGCAAGUGACCAAAUCAGAUUUGUGUGUGUUCAGACAGCAGUCAUUUGCUGACAUGGCUAUGCUAGUUGUCAUAGUAACGAUUGGGUGUGGUGUAGGCUGAUUUGGUGGUGGUGCUCGUGCUUCCUAUCACCCAGAAGUUAUGUAGCAAACUAAGGUGACAACAAUGCCUGCCAUGGACGUUUCCCAGUUGCUGUGAAUGUUCAAAGUCAUAGUCUAAGAACCCUUUUAAAGCCUCAAAGGAUACGAUGAACCAACUUUCAAAACGAGUCCUUUUUGACUAGCCACAGCAGUCAACUAGCUAGCUGUUUAGCUUUCUAGCACAUUCACUAAUUUGUCUGCUAGUUAGCUACCACGUCAUGUUCUUGUCAAACUGUCAACAGAGUAGCGAGCAAGCAACAAGAUAUGCCAAAUAAAUCUAAAAACCACUUGAGGGCAAAUAAAUCUGAUUUUCACCGUUCAAGACACAACACGCAUGGCCAGAAAUCUGAUUUGUAGCUGAAUUCAAACCACAUACGAAGUUGGUUUAAAAAGUGGUUUGAAAUGUGGCUUGAAAUAUCCGAUUCCAUGUGGGUUUUGGCUGUUCAGACUGCAGGAAAACUAAGAUUCAAAUCAGAUAUGCAAAAAAAUAGGAUUUGAGUAACUUCAAACUGCCAAUGUGAACUAGACUACAGUAACCCCCUCCCCAAAAAUGUUUUCCUGUGAGACGAACAAUUACGUUGCACAAGCCCUGUUUUGAAACCUAAAUGUGCUUUAUGAGGGUAGUAUACAAUAUUUUGUGUCGUUUAGAAGUCAGAGUUGAACAGGUUAACACUUCAAAGUUCCCCAUGUUGAACUAGGAGAUGGACACACAGAGCCUUUGGUGUGCUUGUCAGCUGGUCUCUGCCAGAGACAGCGGAGACACAUGGCUUUGACAGCCUGUAUAAAAAUAGCCAUGUGUAUUACCAGUUAUAUAUCGUUCUUCCAAAUCAAUUGGAAAGAUAUCAUUAAUGUUUGUAGGUCAGUAGACUGAUAAUAGAUGUUUUAUUAUACAUUUUUAAGCAGGGCGUCGCCAUUGAGACCAGGGUCUCUCUCUCUCUUUCUCUCACUCGGUAUUUCAAUUUAAGGGCUUUAUUGCCAAAGCAAGUGAAAUAGAUAAUAAACAAAAGUGAAAUAAACAAUAAAAAAAUGUACAGUAAACAUUACACACUUCAAAAGAAUAAAGAUGUUUAAAUGUCAUUAUGUCUAUAUACAGUCUUAUAAUGAUGUACAAAAGGGAAAAUAAAUCAACAUAAAUAUGGGUUGUAUUUACAAUGGUUUGUUCUUCACUGGUUGCCUUUUUCUUGUGGCAACAGGUCACAAAUCUUGCUUCUGUGAUGGCACACUGUGGUAUUUCACCCAAUAGAUAUGGGAGUUUAUCAAAAUUGUGUUUGUUUUCUAAUUCUUUGUGGGUCUGUGUAAUCUGAGGGAAAUAUGUGUCUCUAAUAAGGUCAUACAUUUGACAGGAGGUUAGGAAGUGCAGCUCAGUUUCCACCUCAUUUUGUUGGCGGUGUGCACAUAGCCUGUCUUCCCUUGAGAGCCAGGUCUGCCUACGGCGGCCUUUCUCAAUAGCAAGGCUAUGCUCACUGAGUCUGUACAUAGUCAAAGCUUUCCUUAAAUGUGGGUCAGUCACAGUGGUCAGGUAUUAUGCCACUGUGUACAGUCGUGGUCAAAAGUUUUGAGAAUGACACAAAUACUAAUUUUCACAAAGUCUGCUGCCUCAGUUUUGAUGAUGGCAAUUUGCAUACACUCCAGAAUGUCAUGAAGAGUGAUCAGAUGAAUUGCAAUUAAUUGCAAAGUCCCUCUUUGCCAUGAAAAUUAACUUAAUCCCCAAAAAACAUUUCCACUGCAUUUCAGCCCUGCCACAAAAGGACCAGCUGCCAUCAUGUCAGUGAUUCUCUCGUUAACACAGGUGAGAGUGUUGACGAGGACAAGGCUGGAGAUCACUCUGUCAUGCUGAUUGAGUUAGAAUAACAGACUGGAAGCUUCAAAAGGAGGGCGGUGCUUGAAAUCAUUGUUCUUCCUCUGUUAACCAUGGUUACCUGCAAGGAAACACGUGCCGUCAUCAUUGCUUUGCACAAAAAGGGCUUCACAGGCAAGGAUAUUGCUGAUAGUAAGAUUGCACCUAAAUCAAUCAUUUAUCGGAUCAUCAAGAACUUCAAGGAGAGAGGUUCAAUUGUUGUGAAGAAGGCAUCAAGGCGCCCAAGAAAGUCCAGCAAGUGCCAGGACCGUCUCCUAAAUGGCAGCAUGCAGGUGUGAGUGCAUCUGCAUGCACAGUGAGGCGAAGACUUUUGGAGGAUGGCCUGGUGUCAAGAAGGGCAGCAAAGAAGCCACUUUUCUCCAGGAAAAACAUCAGGGACAGACUGAUAUUCUGCAAAAAGUACAGGGAUCACUCACAAUUUUGCCUAAGAACACAGCCAUGAAUAAAGAAUGGUACCAACACCUCCUCCAAGAGCAACUUCUCCCAACCAUCUAAGAACAGUUUGGUGAUGAACAAUGCCUUUUCCAGCAUGAUGGAGCACCUUGCCAUAAGGCAAAAGUGAUAACUUAGUGGCUCGGGGAACAAAACAUCUACAUUUUGGGUCCAUGGCCAGGAAACUCCCCAGACCUUAAUUCCAUUGAGAACUUGUGGUUGAUCCUCAAGAGGCGGGUGGACAAACAAAACCCCACAAAUUCUGACAAACUCCAAGCAUUGAUUAUGCAAGAAUGGGCUGCCAUCAGUCAGGAUGUGGCCUAGAAGUUAAUUGACAGCAUGCCAGGGCAGAUUGCAGAGGUCUUGAAAAAGAAGGGUCAACACUGCAAAUAUUGACUCUUUGCAUAAACUUAAUGUAAUUGUCAAUAAAAGCCUUUGACACUUAUGGAAUGCUUGUAAUUAUACUUCAGUAUACCAUAGUAACAUCUGACAAAAAUAUCUCAUAACACUGAAGCAGCGAACUUUGUGAAGACCAAUACUUGUGUCAUUCUCAACUUUUGACCACAACUGUACUCUCUGUUUAGGGCCAAAUAGCAUUCUAGUUUGCUCUGUUUUUUUGUUAAUUCUUUCCAAUGUGUCCAGUAAUUAUUAUAUUUUAGUUUUCUCAUGAUUUGGUUGGGUCGAAAUGUCUGUCUCUCUCACUGUCUGUCUGUAUGUCUCUGUCUGUCUGUAUGUCUUUCUCUGUCUCUGUUUCUCUCUCUCUCCCUUUCUCUCACCUCUGUUCUGUCAGACAUUCACUCAUUCACUCAUUCUGUUUCUUGUUCUCCUUCUCACUACCCUCAUGUCCCUCAAUCUUUCCCUCUCCUCUGUCUCCUCUUGGUUGCCCAAGCAUGUGUGUGACAUUGUUCAGAUCAAUUAAGCUCAGCUUGCUCAGAUCUGGGUUUUUAGAGUUUUCAAACCAAAUCACCUGGGAAAAAUCUCAAAUUAACCCAUGUAACGCGAUGUGUGUGUGUCUGAACUAAUUUGUGUAACACAUUGUGAUGCAUUGUUAAACUUUCCAUAAGCAUGUACCACCCCCUUAAAAUGUCUCAUCUCAUGAUGAACCGGUCUACGGUUAAACUACACAACAACCAUUUUGAGUCGGUUGAAAAUGUGCUUUAAACACAGAGAGACAUACCGUAUUACAAGCCUUACAACAAGACAUUGUAAAGGCUCAUACUUGCUUAUAACAAGAUAUAUAAUAUUAGGAAGCAUUAUACUUGGCAGCGGUAAGUAAAGUAUUACUGUGUAUUAUUAUUUACUGUGCUCUCCCAGGUCCUGUGCUCUCCCAGCUCAUGUAUUCACCCAGGGAUGUUUUGUCUUUCUGUCAGGUCCUUCAGAAGCUGGGUAAAGCUGAUGAGACCAGGGACACAGCGUUCGAGGAGGGCGUGGCUAACUUCAACAAGCAGAUGGUGAGAGUCCUGCCUCUUCCAACCUUUUCUCCUCCCCCUCUCAUUGAGAUGGUGAACCCACUGUUGUUGCCCAAUGUUCCCUCCCAUCCCAACCUACACAUGCGCGCGCACACACACAGACACACACACACAGAGCCAUGACUGACCUGAACCGUACUUGGCUGGUUAGGAUAUUUUAUUUUCCCAUUAUUCUUUCCAGCAUGAUUCCAGUAACUAUGGUGGAUGUGUAACCAGGGCAGCACGGUACAGCUUGGCUCAGUUUGGUUCAGUAGUGUGAAAAUGGCACCAUGAUCACAAUCCCAGUCCAACCCAUUGUUGUAUUUUUCAGGCCGAGGGCACCAAACUGCAAAAAGACUUGAGGGCCUACCUGGCAGCAGUUAAAAGUAAGAAGCAUGUCCGUCUGUGAGUGUGUUUGAUCUGUUUGUACACUACGACUGUGUGGUGUGCAGCUGUCCUGUAUCUUUAUUAUUAGGUAUUACAGUAAUAUCUGUCAGUUUCUAUCUUGUUUAUUUUGGGAGCGACAUAGUUGUAGUGUACACACACAUUAAUACACAAACCACUUCCGGCCCAGUUCCAUUUCAGUUUUUGACCUUUUUGCCUGUCUGUCUGCCUGUCUGUCUGUCCCUGUGAUCCUCAGCCAUGCAUGAUGCGUCCAAGCGUCUGCAGGACUGUCUGGCGGAUAUGUACGAGCCAGAGUGGUUUGGCAAGGAGGAGGUGGACGCCAUCGCAGAGGUGAGAGAGACUAGCACGGUUGGUGUGGGUGUGUGUCUGAUCUUUGUGAAUUCAGGAUGAAAGACUACCUGUUCCUCUGUGAAAGAGGUGUACAAAACUUCAGAGGUUGAAUGAAAUGUAUAAUUGAAGAUGCAGAAAAUAACAUGAAACCUUGAGAUCAAUUCUAUUGAUAGUUUGAAUACAAGACUCUAGUUUCCUCCCUCUAUUUCAUCACUGUCACAUUCACUUCUUCUCCCUACAACACAUACUCCUCUCUCUCUCCUCUCACUGCAUGUCUCUUUCCCUCCCUCCAUCCUUCUGUCUGUGAAGGAGAUGAUAGAGAAGGAGAUGGACUAUUGCAUGGAGGUAAAGGACGGCUCAUUCAUGACUGUGUAGACUGGUGAUGAAUGAGGACUAGUGGGAAUAGCUGUAACCUACACUAUAGCUAGAAGAAAUAGCACUGUAGUUCCGGACUAGCUAUUAAACUGCACCGUUAGUGGAGCUGUUAUUUGGGUUAGUGUGUGUGUGUGUGUGUGUGUAUGGUGUGUGUGUGUUGUUGUGGUUUGACUCUGCUGUCUGUAUUACAGGAGACAGACAUCCUGUGGUCAGAUUACCACGACAAGAUUAUGGACAAUUCCAUGAUCGCCAUGGAUACCUAUCUGGCCCAGUUCCCUGACAUUAAGGUGUGUGUCACUGCAGUCAGGUGCUCAGUGUGGGUGUGUUUUGGCCCUUUUGUGAAAAAUGAAGCUCCAUAAUAAGUGCAAUAUAAAUAAAUAAUAACAUUUUGAUAGAUUUUUCACACACACAACAGUAACAAACAGAACAGACUACACAUCCUGGUACUGAGGGCUCUAACAGAACAGACUACACAUCCUGGUACUGAGGGCUCUAACAGAACAGACUACACAUCCUGGUACUGAGGGCUCUAACAGAACAGACUACACAUCCUGGUACUGAGGGCUCUAACAGAACAGAGUACACAUCCUGGUACUGAGGGCUCUAACAGAACAGACUACACAUCCUGGUACUGAGGGCUCUAACAGAACAGACUACACAUCCUGGUACUGAGGGCUCUAACAGAACAGACUACACAUCCUGGUACUGAGGGCUCUAACAGAACAGACUACACAUCCUGGUACUGAGGGCUCUAACAGAACAGACUACACAUCCUGGUACUGAGGGUUCAGCGUUACAGCGUGAUUAAAAUGUAAAGGCAAUGUUCCCGCGUUAGCGGAGACUGCAUUCACCGUAAACGCUGCACAUGUCUGCUCAAUAGGAAAUCAUCUUUACAUUUCUAGCGCGCAAUCUGUAACGCUUCAGCGAUCCUGAUUGGAUAGAGCCCUGAAACAGCUCAAUUCCCUGACCAGUUAGCGAGAGAAUGCAUCAAUAAAUACAUUUGAUGGAUUUAUUGAUUUGAUUUGGUUCUCAAGAAGCUGCAGCCUUCUAUCCAUCAGUGACUCUGUGGGUGUGUUUGUUUGGUGUCUGACCAGGCACGCAUCGCUAAGCGGGACAGGAAGAUGACCGACUACGACAGUGCGAGGCAUCACUUUGGCUCCCUACAGAAGGGCAAGAAGCAGGACCAGGCCAAGAUCGCCAAGGUAAGAUGGCUGCCCGCUGCAUCGUUUCCUGGGUACAUUACUGUAUCACACUACUGAGCCAAGCCAAGCCAGCUGUACUGGGAAGGCCUGGUUAUGCAUCCGCCAUCAUUUAAUAUAAUUAUAUGAUGCCAUUUAGCAGACACUUUUAUCCAAAGUAACAUACUCAUGCAUGCCUACAUUUUACGUACGGGUGGUCCCGGGAAUCAAACUCACUAUCCUGGCGUUGCAAGCGCCAUGCUCUACCAACUACAGAGGACCAUCAUUUCUGGAACCUUCUUGGAAAGAACAGAACAAUGUAAAGAGAAAAUAUCCAGGCCAGCACAGUUCAGUUCAGGUCGGCUCUAGAACUCAGGCAUAUGAGUGAUGACUAUGUAAAGGCCUUAACAAAGCUAACGCAAAUACCCACAUUAUGAUGUCACCAAGCAACAUUCUGCAUUGCAAUUUUGGGGAGGCACAUGUUGCUAUGCAUGUCACAUUCUCCUGUGGGCUUAGGCUAUACCAGUUGAAAUAAGCAACCAAUCAACCUACUGCAAAAAGAAAAGUCUAAUUAAACUGUUUUUCGUGUGUUUGAUUGGGUGUGAGUUAAUGCACAUUAUGGAAAUACUCUUGCCCUAUUUCAAAACUGUCAAUCAAAAGUGUUUUUGCUAAUCCGCCUGUGAAUGCUAACCUGCCUGUCUGAAUGCUAACCUGCCUGUCUGAAUGCUAACCUGCCUGUCUGAAUGCUAACCUGCCUGUAUGCUAACCUGCCUGUCUGAAUGCUAACCUGCCUGUAUGCUAAUCUGCCUGUCUGAAUGCUAAUCUGCCUGUCUGAAUGCUAACCUGCCUGUCUGAAUGCUAACCUGCCUGUCUGAAUGCUAAUCUGCCUGUAUGCUAACCUACCUGUCUGUAUGCUAAUCUGCCUGUCUGAAUGCUAAUCUGCCUGUAUGCUAACCUACCUGUCUGUAUGCUAAUCUGCCUGUCUGAAUGCUAAUCUGCCUGUAUGCUAACCUACCUGUCUGUAUGCUAAUCUGCCUGUCUGAAUGCUAAUCUACCUGUACGCUAACCUGCCUGUCUGAAUGCUAAUCUGCCUGUCUGAAUGCUAAUCUACCUGUACGCUAACCUGCCUGUCUGAAUGCUAAUCUACCUGUCUGAAUGCUAACCUGCCUGUCUGAAUGCUAAUCUGCCUGUAUGCUAACCGGCCUGUCUGAAUGCUAACCUGCCUGUCUGAAUGCUAACCGGCCUGUCUGAAUGCUAACCGGCCUGUCUGAAUGCUAACCGGCCUGUCUGAAUGCUAACCUGCCUGUCAAACUAUUUAAAGUAUUUGUCUUGCUUCUCUCUCUCUCUCUUUCUCUCCCUUUCUCUCUGUCCGUCCAUCUGCAUGGCUAGCCGAUGUCUCUUGUGGAGAAGGCUGCCCCAGGUUGGGCCCAGGGGAUUCUGUCUGCUCAUCAAAUAGCUCAAACUAACCUGACCAGAAACCAGGUGACUGAUGUCUAACCAACUCACCCUCUCGCCCCUGUCACGCUCCGCCCUGACCCCGCUGUGCCUUCUGCUGUCACUCACUUGUCAUUCACCCAUUCUGAGUUCUAAUUCCUAAUUCUACGUUCUAUGCCACCAUGCCCUAACAUUCUGUCUGAAUUCCAUGUCAUUCUUUAGUUUGAUUGUAGAUAAUGUGCUUUCUUUUGAGUAACAUAUACUAACAAACAUGGAUUUAUUGUUCAACCUCUGUGGAUGUGUUAAUGUGUAUGUACAGGCAGAGGAGGAGUUGGGGAGAGCUCAGAAAGUAUUUGAGGAGAUCAACGUAGAUCUGCAGGAUGAGCUUCCACAGCUGUGGAACAGGUGACACUUGUCCAACCCUCUCACUACCAGGCUGACACAAUCUCAUUCCCUUUUAUUUUUCUGAAGAGACACUUACAACCACUGUUGUUAUCACUCUGUCUCUUACACACACACACACACACACAGUGUUGCCAGCCACCAUGUUAACACAUUCUCCCUCUAUCUCUAUUCGAUCCCUCUCUAGUCGUGUUGGCUUCUAUGUUAACACAUUCCAGAGUAUGGCUGGAUAUCAGCAGAGGUUCCACAAAGACAUGGGAAAGGUGAGAGGGAGAGCUGUGGCUACUUACCGUCAGCACAUGGGACUGAUUUGAUAAUGCAUGUCUAGAUUGAUUGAUUGAUUGACUUCCUCCAAUCGUUCCGUUUGCAGCUGAACCAGGACCUGAAUGAUGUCAUGACCAAACUGGAUGAGCAGAGGCUGGCCAAGUAAGUGAGACUUGUGACAUAUUACAAAUGUUUUAUGAAUACCAGUGGAGUACUGUACAUAUGCUAGUGUUCACUAUUGCGUACCUGUCCACUUUGCCCCACUGUUAUACAGUAUGUACCUGUAAAAUAUACCUCUGUGAACAUGUGUACAGCUGUAUGGUGCACCUUUUUAAGAACUUUAUGGUAAUUCUAGAGAAAUGAGGUCCAAUGCAAUGCAUACACAUUCUACUGAGGAAGUGAAAUGACUGGCUGAAUAUAGACUACUGUAGAGUAAAUUACCCCACACCCCAUUACAGAAAGGCAGGUAAAGACUGGAAGCCUGGACCCAAGAAGAGGUAAUGGACCUGACGGAGUGACCAGUGUGACAGUUUAUGUGCCUGUGUGUGUCUUUAUGCAUUGUGAAGUUAGAUACUAACUGAGAAUAAAUGGCUUGUUGGAAACUACAACUCCCUACUACAUCUCACAGUUCAGCAUGAUCUGGUUUAUAAAUGGCUUGUUGGAAACUACAACUCCCUACUACAUCUCACAGUUCAGCAUGAUCUGGUUUAUAAAUGGCUUGUUGGAAACUACAACUCCCUACUACAUCUCACAGUUCAGCAUGAUCUGGUUUAUAAAUGGCUUGUUGGAAACUACAACUCCCUACUACAUCUCACAGUUCGGCAUGAUCUGAUUUAUCUCUAGAGAAACUGCAGUGCUAUGUGCGCAUUGAACUCACAGAAAAAAAAACGAACAAAAUGGAAUUCAAAUAAUUGAACUGAAGUUGGUCAUUUCGGUUAUUUGCUCAGCACUAGUCUCUCUGCAUGGUGCAGUUAGAUACUGAGUGUCAAUAAAGGAUCAGGGGGCUCAACACGGGAUAUAUAUAUAUAUAUAUAGUGCAUUCGGAAAGUAUUCAGACCCCUUGACUUUUUCCACAUUUUGUUAUGUUACAGCCUUAUUCUAUAAUUAUUACAUUGUUUUUUCCCCUCAAUCUACACACAGUACCCCAUAAUGACAAAGCGAAAGCUAUUUUCAGGUCUCUCCAGAGAUGUUCGAUCAGCUUCAAGUCCGGGCUCUGACUGGGCCACUCAAGGACAUUCAGAGACUUGUCCGGAAGCCACUCCUGUGUUGUCUUGGUUGUGUGCUUAGGGUUGUUGUCCUUUGUCCCAGUCUGAGGUCCUGAGUACUCUGGAGCAGGUUUUCAUCAAGGAUCUCUCUGUACUUUGCUCCGUUCAUCUUUCCCUCGAUCCUGACUAGUCUCCCAGUCCCUGCCACUGAAAAACAUCCCCACAGCAUGAUGCUGCCACCACCAUGCGUCACCGUAGGGAUGGUGCCAGGUUUCCUCCAGACGUGACGCUUGGCAUUCAGGCCAAAGAGUUCAAUCUUAUUCGUCAGACCAGAGAAUCUUGUUUCUCAUGGUCUGAGAGUCCUUUAGGUGCCUUUUGGCAAACUCCAAACGGGCUGUUAUGUGCCUUUUUACUGAGGAGUUGCUUCCAUCUGGCCACUACCAUUAAGGCCUGAUUGGUGGAGUGAUGCAGAGAUGGUUGUCCUUCUGGAAGGUUCUUCCCAUUUCCACAGAGGAACUCUGGAGCUGUCAGUGACCAUCGGGCUCUUGGUCACCUCCCUGACCAAGGCCCUUCUCCCGAUUGCUCAAUUUGGCCGGGCGGCCAGCUCUAGGAAGAGUCUUGGUGGUUCCAAACUUCUUCCAUUUAAGGAUGAUGGAGGCCACUGUGUUCUUGGGGACUUUCAAUGCUGCAGAACUGUUUUGGUACCCUUCCCCAGAUCUGUGUCUCGAUACAAUUCUGUCUCGGAACUCUACGGACAAUUCCUUCGACCUCAUGGCUUGGUUUUUGCUCUGACAUGCACUGUCAACCGUGGGACCUUUUUAUAUAGACAGGUGUGUGCCUUUCCAAAUCAUGUCCAAUCAAUUGAAUUUACCACAGGUGGACUACAAUCAAGUUGUAGAAACAUCAAGGAUGAUCAAUGGAAACAGGAUGCACUUGAGCUCAAUUUCGAGUCUCAUAGCGAAGGGUCUGAAUACUUAUGUAAAUAAGGUAUUUCUGUUUUUUAUUUAUGGGGUAUUGUGUGUAGAUUGAUGAAGAAAACAAUUUAAUCAAUUUUACAAUAAGGCUGUAACGUGACAAAAUGUGGAAAAAGUCAACGGGCCUGAAUACUUUCCAAAUGCACUGUACGGAUCUUUAGUUUGUCCAAGUGAACUGGCAUCUGUUAAGUAGUGCAUGGAGUUGUGCUGUGUGCUUGGAUAUUCAUGGGUGUUCCUCUAGUUCUGUCUGAGUGUGCCUGUGUUUCAGUCCUUUGCGUGACAGCAGUUUGAGGAAGCCAUGUGUUGUGAGCUGGUGUUGCUUGCCGCAGCAACAGCAAAGUCCCCUAAUAGUUUUUGCUCUGAGCUGUGUACUUGCGGAGUACUACGCACGGUCUCAUUAUAUGAUAAUGAUAAAGGAUGGUCUGGUUUAUGCUCAUUCUCCGUGCUAAAAAUGGGGCCCAACAUGGACAAUUGAAUAUACCUAUCUCAGCUUCCCUGCUGCCAUCUUGAGGUCUUGGUGGAUGGUGCAGUCCGUUGACUAUACACAUGCACCUAGGUUGUGUUCAGUAGGGCACACCGUAACAAAAUGAACCAACAUCUGUGUUCUUAUUGGACAAGUUCAAUGGUAGUACCUCCACAUUUCACUCUUUCAAAAUGUUCUCUCUCAUGCACACCAGUUGACCCUGUUCUGUGUUUCCAUGGCGAUACAGGGGGACAGUGUGUGCAACAAAAAAAAAAGAAUUGGGGCAGCCGCCAACAGAUACAGUCAGACCUUCACCACUGUGGAUGACUGAAACUGAUAAGCUGCUACAUCUUUGCCCGUUGUACUAUCGUCUUAGUGAAUAGCGUGCCCGUUGUACUAUCGUCUUAGUGAAUAGCGUGCACGUUGUACUAUCGUCUUAGUGAAUAGCGUGCCCGUUGUACUAUCGUCUUAGUGAAUAGCGUGCCCGUUGUACUAUCGUCUUAGUGAAUAGCGUGCACGUUGUACUAUCGUCUUAGUGAAUAGCGUGCCCGUUGUACUAUCGUCUUAGUGAAUAGCGUGCCCGUUGCUCGAACACAACUGAGGUCAUUGUCCCUCUCUCUCUCUCCUCCUCUUCCCCCUCUACUUUUCUCAUACUUUCCCUCUUUAUUUUCUACUUUCUCCCCCUCCUCCCUUCCUAGAAAAACAAAUACAGUAAAACGUUCUCCCUCUGCUGAACACAACCAGGGCAUCUUCAUCAUGGUAUGGCACGGGAGUCAGUUAGUAAUUCUCUCUCUGCUGAACACAACCAGGGCAUCUUCAUCAUGGUAUGGCAUGGGAGUCAGUUAGUAAUUCUCUCUCUGCUGAACACAACCAGGGCAUCUUCAUCAUGGUAUGGCACGGGAGUCAGUUAGUAAUUCUCUCUCUGCUGAACACAACCAGGGCAUCUUCAUCAGGUAUGCACGGGAGUCAGUUAGUAAUUCUCUCUCUCCCUAAAACACAACCAGGGCAUUUUCCCAUCAAGGUAUGACACGGAGUCAGUUAGUAAUUCUCUCUCUGCUGAACACAACCCAGGGCAUCUUCAUCAAGGUAUGCACGGGAGUCAUUAGUAAUUCUCUCUCUGCGAACAAAACCAGGGCAUCUUCAUCAUGGUAUGGCAUGGGGAGUCAGUUGUAAUUCUCUCUCUGCUGAACACAACCAGGCAUCUUCAUCAUGGUAUGACACGGGAGUCAUUUAAAGUAAUUCCUCUCUCUGCUGAACACAACCAGGCUCUUCAUCAUGGAUGACACGGGAGUCAGUUAGUAAUUCUCUCUCUGCUGAACACAACCAGGGCAUCUUCAUCAUGGUAUGACACGGGAGUCAGUUAGUAAUUCUCUCUCUGCUGAACACAACCAGGGCAUCUUCAUCAAGGUAUGACACGGGAGUCAGUUAGUAAUUCUCUCUCUGCUGAACACAACCAGGGCAUCUUCAUCAUGGUAUGGCACGGGAGUCAGUUAGUAAUUCUCUCUCUGCUGAACACAACCAGGGCAUCUUCAUCAUGGUACGACACGGGAGUCAGUUAGUAAUUCUCCCUUUCUCUCUUUUUCCCAGUGAGGCAGCCCCCGCCAACCACAGCGUUACCCCAGACGCUGCAGCCAAGGUAAGGUCCCCUCAUACAGGGGGUGUAACGUGUCAGACUGUCUCUGUGUUUGUCUUGAGUGACUGGGAUAUGUGUGUUUGCUUGUUGAUGAAUGAGUGUCAUUUUCAGCAGCGUGAGUCAGAAGCGUGUGUUUGUGUGUGAGAAAUCUAGAGUUUAGGGUCUAUUUAAGGUCUGUCCCUAAGGAGUAUUAUUAAGGUGUUGAAUUCAAGAGGGUGGAAAAAUGAGAGGAUGGUACAAUUGCGAGCGUACACACACAGUCACUAACAUUCUCUUUAGGAAAACUCUCAAAGCGAUAGAUGAAACUAACCCAGAGCAUGUUGAAUGGAGAGUUUCUCUCCAUUGGUUUGAUAGAAAUGUGAUUUUCUAACAUAGAAGGAACCCUCAGACACCACUUACAGACUAGGGCUGGGAUCCAAUCCAUGGCGCGUUAUAGAGCAGCACAUUGCACUUGAUUUCUUAAGGUAAUUUACGCUUGAGCCAACAUGCGUAGCAUUUACCGUAAAUGCAAUCUUCACGAAUGUCAGGGAAAUUGCCUUGAAAAGGCGCAUUGUCGGCUGUCCAGAGCGCGGCUCCAUAACACGCCUUGGAUUGGAUCCCAGCCUAGGUAACAGGUAACCUACUAUUACUAGUGUGCUAGUGUGUUUUACUAACCUGUGUGCUGUGUCUCCCUCACUACCGUUGCAUGUGUGUGUAUAAACAUCCGUGGACCCUCCAGACGAGGCCGGCGCCCCCUGGACCCGCCCCUGUACGCCCGCCCCCCAGCCCCAGACCUUCGUUGACUCCAGCCCUGUCUCUCAGCCCCAGACCUUCGUUGACUCCAGCCCCAGACACGCAACAGGACAUCAUCUCGUUCGAUGGCGAAGCCCUGGUGCCCGACACUAACACAACCGCGCCGUCACAGGCAACCACUCCGUCACAGCCGCAGGUCAGAUGAUGUCAUCACGCCACAAUGUCCCCUCAGGCUUCCAUUAACAUCAUACCCUCAGUGUCAACUCAGACGCGCUCAUAGGUUCUAGCCUAGGAUGUUGGUCUCAACCCUCCCCCCUGUGUUCUAGGGUGUCUCCAACCUCCUCUCCCCCUGUUUCCUAGGGAUGGUUCCACUCCUCCCCCUGUUCCUAG